ACGACAGAGAGCAGGAGCCACAGAAGAAGAAGAAGAAGAAGAAGAAGCGCGCACACACGGGAAAGACAAGAAACAGGAAGAAGAGGAGGAGGAGGAGGAGGAGGAGGAAGAGCGCUGGAUGUAGCUGUUGUUUUGCGGGCAACUUUCUGGAUCCCGGCUCUCAUGGUGAGCGGAGGACGCAGAGGAUGGGAGUAACCUGGUCCUCCAGAUGCCUCGCACUCUUUCUGGCUCUACACAUAGUCUCUGUGUUGCAGACGGUGCUGGUCAGCGCUGGUCAAUGUGACUCUGUGUUUAAAGGUUUCUCAGACUGUCUGCUUCAGUUGGGGGAGAACAUGGCCAACUAUCCCCAGGACCUGGACGACAGGGAGAACCUGCACAAGAUCUGCAGUUACUGGGAUAACUUCCACUCCUGUGCCACGACGGCGCUGGCGGACUGCCAGGAGGGAGCGACGGACCUCUGGGAGAAACUGAAAAAGGAGUCCCGCAACCUGGAUUUCCGUGGGAGUUUGUUUGAACUCUGUGGCGGCGGCAACGCAGCCCCCAGAUCGGCUGACGCCAGGGGCCUCGCCUUGGUCCUAACCACACUGCCCACCAUACUGACUUGGCUGGCAUUUUAACAGAAACAAGGGAAAACAUAAAAAAAACACAAAGUGAAAACAAGAAAAAAAGGAAAAACACAAAUGAAAAUAGAAAAUAGAAAACGAGAGUGAUAGCUGCUCUUCGAUACUGAAAAAACAACUUCAAAAAGGACCGAGUUUGAAUUCAUCACCAGAAAACUACACCCAAAAUGGAUUUUUACUACAUCACUGUACGGCGGCCUGGUUUUGCCUUCCUGGGACAUCUGCAGGCCGUCCUCCUGGAGCGCUCAUCCAAUCACACGCUGACCUGACCCGCAGGUCGAUACCAUGAAAUAUUCAACACGCAGCUGAAACGAUGACAGUGAUGAAAAUUUGAUGGAUCCUUGCCCGCUUACAAUCGUGGCAUUACACAGUAUUAAAGUCAACCAUGAAUUAUUGAUGUUUAGUAGGCUAGGCCUAGACAGCACUAUGUGCCUGCUGGGUGCUGACACAGUAUCAGGCUAUAUAUUAGGGUUCCCAUAUAGCCUAUGGUGCAUAUUCACGUGUAACGCGAGGCCGAGCUUAACGCCACAAAAUCAAUAAGACAAGCCGAGGCCUAGAGCCCAUUUCAGACCAGUCGCCUCAUUUCAAUCACGGACUGUUUUUCCUUUUUUUAUUGCGCCAAGUCGACUGAGGUGAGCCCGGUAGGUUUGACGGACUGAAUGCUCGAUGGUGACGUAGUAUUUGUAUUCUUAUCGGCUGUUUGUUGUGCUCAGGCCACGGUCACACCAGCUUUUAUCACAGCGAGUUGCACCAAGUUGAAUUCAUUGUUGGCGAAGUCAGUUUUGCACAAUGCCCUCCUUUGCAGGUGAACCUUGGUGAACGUUGACAAAAACCAAAACUACAAUGACAGUAUUGACCUUUGACCCAUGCAGCAUGGCUUGCAGUCAAUCGUGUGCCAGCGGUAGAUGUAUUCUUAAAGUUAUAGUAUUUUACUUUUGGUUGUUUAACUGGCUAGCUUGCUACCCGGCUAGCUAGCUACCACUUAUAAAAUCCUCGCCGCGUGAAGAAAUCUCGCUCUGCCAGUUUCUGGUGUGACCGUAGCCUUAUUUUUCCCCACCAAGCUCUGAGGUGCAGGGGUGUAGUUAAGAGUGUAACGCACAGUUUAGACUGAUGUUAAAUUUCAUGAUAUCAGUUCAGACAGUCUUAAAACAUUUCAGGAAAUGAGCACAAACUCUGAAAUGCUGAUUAUUGCUGUUGACGGAAAGGAAUAUGGAAUAACAGCAAGGACGUGGACAUGACAGUUUUCAAUUUUUGCUCCCAUGAGUUGUUUCCACGUCAGCCAAAAAGGUUUAAUUGAUUUAAAAGCAACCUUAAUCCAGCCUGCUUGGUCGACAUAUUUAUGGAUCCACUGCUGCUAAUUGGAGUUAAAUCUCACCCCAAAUCGGCACCCAAGAACCAAGUCAGAUCUGGCAUUAUCACUAAAAUGCAAUCCGCUUGACUCUACGUGGGUAUCUGUGUAGCGGUUAAAAUAGAUUGGUUCAGGUUAGCCAAAAAUUCAGUUUAGCUGCUAGAACAGGAUUGAUGAAGGCUAGCUAACAGAUCCAUUUAGCAGCCAAACCAGAUUAGGUCAGGCUAGUUAUCAGUCUGAUUUAGUUAACCUGACCUAAUCUGGUUUUCACUGUUUACAGUUUAGAGGCUGAAACAGACGACGUUUGGGUUAGCAGCAAACUGGGAUUGUGUCAGGUUAGCUAACCACUUGGUUUAGCAGCUAAACCAGAUUAGGUCAGGUUAGCUAACAGUUUAGAGGCUAAAACAGACAAUGUUUGGGGUUAGUAGCUAAAUGGGUCAGGUUAGCUAGCCAUUUGGUCUUGCAGCUAAACCAGAUUAGGUCAGGUUAGCUAACAGUUUAGAGGCUAAAACAGACAAUGUUUGGGGUUAGUAGCUAAAUGGGUCAGGUUAGCUAACAGUUUAGAGGCUAAAACAGACAAUGUUUGGGGUUAGUAGCUAAAUGGGUCAGGUUAGCUAACAGUUUAGAGGCUAAAACAAACAAUGUUUGGGGUUAGUAGCUAAAUGGGUCAGGUUAGCUAACAGUUUAGAGGCUAAAACAAACAAUGUUUGGGGUUAGUAGCUAAAUGGGUCAGGUUAGCUAACAGUUUAGAGGCUAAAACAAACAAUGUUUGGGGUUAGUAGCUAAAUGGGUCAGGUUAGCUAACAGUUUAGAGGCUAAAACAAACAAUGUUUGGGGUUAGUAGCUAAAUGGGUCAGGUUAGCUAACAGUUUAGAGGCUAAAACAAACAAUGUUUGGGGUUAGUAGCUAAAUGGGUCAGGUUAGCUAGCCAUUUGGUAUUGCAGCUAAACCAGAUUAGGUCAGGUUAGCUAACAGCUCAGAUUAGCAGGUAAGAGAUUGUAACAGGUUGGCUAAGAGUUAGCACGUGGCAAAAUUAGCUGUUCAGCUCAAAGAGUGUGGUCUAGCUUUUUGAUCCUGGUUUAAUCUUUCCUUCAAGUAGAAGUUAAACGUCUUUCAUGAAGUAAACCCUAAGUAGUUGCAGACAAACAUUUCUGUCUUUUCUUGCCUGAACGAGUUCAAGAGUAAGUAAAGUUCAGAGUGUAAACUGCUGCGGGACACAUCAGCCUGACGGAAACUCUUCAAAGACCUUUUGGACGUGAAAGUAGAAACGCAUUUAAGGAUUAACUUUAGGUUCAUGUUGGCGGUUGAUGCCCCACCGUUCUUCUGUCCCGCCACAUCCCCGCUCAGCAGAACCACACGUGUUAGAAACGAACGAGCGAAAAACGGCUACGGAAAGAAAGAAAGAAAUGCUUUGAAAAGCCGACAGCAAUACGAAGUCGUGACUUCUUGGCCAGUGUAGCUAAAAAAAAAUAAAAAAUCAAACCGUGGCUGAAGAGUGAUAUGACUGUUGCCAUUUAGCACAUCCCCCCUUUUCAUACGCCAGUGAUUCACACUAGACGACCUUAGAGGUGAUAUAUUUUAGGUCUGUAUGUUAGAUUAAAAAGCUGAGUCCCAACAGUACAGUAGCAUCUUAAACUACAUAAAUACAGUAAAUAAAUUCGAGGAGGUUGUUCAUUUCUUUGACGUUUCCACUGCCUUCUGACAAAAAGAUGUGUACUUUUGUUUGUUUGUCUCUUUGUUUGUUUAUGGGGAUGUUGCGUAACAAAAAGAGUUUAAAAAAAAAAAAAGGACUUAUUCCAAAAAUCAUCUAACAAGAGAUUAUGUAUAUCAAAGGAUUUUGAGAAAAUAAAAAUAAAAAAAAGCUCUAUUAUAGAUAGUCUAUCCCAGACAGUUUUAACACAAGAUUGAUACUUUACAGAUUAUAGGCCUAUGAGGUAUAUAAAAAAAUAAAA